AUGGCUGAGAUCAAAACCAGGAAAUCGAGCGACAGCUUCGCAGCGUUCGUCUCCUCGGAAAAGAGCACAUGCUCGCGACAGGCACAGGCGAAGGCGCUCGCUCGUACGUCCCCGUGGUUAACCACCGAAUGGGUCAACGGCAACGUCAACUUUGAUUCACACUUCAAGGACUAUGAGAUUGAGAGUCCGGCGGUAGCCCUGCAGGAGGCCGUCGGCGGUGUGGUCAAAUGGGUCAUGGACAGUAUCAUAACCGAGUUUGGGAGCGCAGCCAGUGCCACACACGGCACCCGAGGCUGCGGGUGUGUUCACUGA